AUUAAGCAACCCAUAACAGAUGAGUUAGUCAAGCAGAGUGCAGGAAGUGAGAAUGUAGUACUGUACAGGAGUCUGACAUUAGAAGGAGUUAAGCAUUUUGUCCUGGAGCCAGCAGAGUUGUCAGCAGUGUGUACAGCGUGGCAUUGCUAGGAGGUCUAUGGGCAUACCUAACAGCCCUGCCACUGUCACUGCCCCAGCUAGCCCCUGUGGUACCACGUACUGGCAUUUCCUCUGAGCUCACAGAAAAUAUGACGCAGCCUCCUAUUACUAUUCCCUCCUCGGAAGAGGAAGUUUCUUUCUGAAUAACGGUCAGAGCAGCACAAGCCGGGAAAAGACUGAAGAUUUCCCAAAGUUCCAGACAUUGCAUGCUGCCAGGCUUCUGGAAGAAGGGCAGCAGCACCCACCCUGCCCAGCAUGGGAUGAGUGAGUUUCCUAUGGAACAGGAUGCCAGUGUAUUCACUUAAUCUGAAAGUUUUCUGGUUGCUGGUCGUUGUCAUAUUUACAGGCAUCUGGUGUAUGUUUCUGACUUUGAGGAGGAGCAGCAAUGAGGAGAAGGAUGGGAGCUGCCAGGAGGAAUCAUUCAGCAGCUUGCAAGUUCUCAUCAAGUUAGGAUUGUUACUCGUACUAUGUUUCAUUGUCUUCAAAUGCUGCAGCUCCACCCCGAAAUGCCAACGUGGGGACAUAACUUUCCAGCAAAAGCAUCAGCAGCAAGUCAGGAAAAAUCUGCUGGAGUCAUUUUAUGAACAACACAUCAGGCUCUCACCGCAUGUUCUUGGUCACAGCAAGGCACAUGUCAGCCAGAUAGUGGGUGAACUCAUUAGGGUGGGCAAAGCCAAGCAGCAUGACACAGGUGUCAUCCUUAGGGGGGACUUUGUUCAGAUUGGCAGCGCUUAUGAACAACAUAAAAUUAACAGUCCGGACUUCUUUGACAUCCUGGUGCCACUUAAGAUUCCACAAAGUCUCAAACUGGAACCAUUUUUUUCAGACAUUUGUAAAGAGCUCAUUCCCUGUCUUCAGGGUUCCAUGAUCUGUGGAGUGGCAGCUACCAAAAAGUCAGAGUGGGCAAAAACAUACAAGCAGUUCAGCGAUGGCUUCUGCACAGAGGUAGGCUUUCAUCAUGCACUGUCUUCUACAUCUGUCCAGAAAUGGUUCCACUGGAAGAUACAAAGAUGCCUCAACGUGAUCAGGUACCAGUUUGAAGAGCGGAGUUACAUUACUCUUUCAGUAUUUGAUGAUAAACUCAUCCUCAAAAUUCUCCCAAGGUCAGAUUAUGUCUGCUGUCAUAUCUCCAUGUCUGUGAGACUAAUACCAGCUUUUCACUUGGGAGAUUCAGUGUUCCUAACAGCUCAACCUUGGGGCAGUAAUAUCUGCCUGGAGAACGUAAGUCUAAAUUCCCAUUGGGGAAUUAACUUUUCCAAACAUGAGCAAAAGUUAUUGAACUGGUUUAAAGAUCAGGCCCCUUCUAACUCAUGCCACCUGAAGUGCCUACAGAUCAUGAAGAGCUUGAGGGACCUCAAUGCCAAGACUUUCCAACCUUCAUUCGCAUCUAAGUGGAGAUCUAUUUUCUCUUCCUAUAAUUUGAAAACAGCGCUUUUUUACCUGUUACUGAAAAAUCCAUUUGAAAAGUGGGAUGAUUUGUUACUGAUGGAGAGGAUGGCAGACUACUUCAUGUUCUUGAAAGAAUGUUUGCAAAAGCAAUCGUUGAUGCAUUUCUUCUUGGGUAACAGCAAUCUUCCAAAUUUUAUUGCCCUGCCAAAAAUGUUCAAAGAAGCAAUGCCAGUAAACCUCCUGGAGGGAUAUGGGUUGGAUCUGUUGGACCAAGUGUGUUUUCAGCUUCUUAAUUCAUGGGUCCAAAUGCCCCGGAUUAUACGGAUGAGUUCCUCUCCAAAAAGCUUUAUUAGAGAGUCUAUGAGGUGCAAACAUUCUAAUCUCUGAGUGGUAUUCCAAAACAAGGAAAUUGGAUGAAAUCAGGGUAAAUUUGAUUUUUGGUAUUUAAAUGCUGUGCACUGCAGGAAAAUGUUUAUUUUAUUUGUACCAAAUUCCAAAAUGCCAGAAUCCCAGGGUAUAGUGGUCCUACUAAAACUGCAGUAAAAGAAUGUUUUUAAUAGAAAUGCUUUUUGCACAUUUUGUAAUAUUUAUUGUAUUUGUAAUACAGUUAUGGAAACAUUGAUGCACAAUGAGGCAGGAUUUGACUGUAAAGUUUUGUUCACACAAGUGGCUUUUUAGAGCUGCUUCAUGUCCAAAUGUUAAGAAUGCAAAACAUUUUUAAAAAGCCCUUUUUUUUGUGUUCAUACUGUUCAAGUUUCUUUUACAAGUACUGUACUUUUAGUAAAGUUAUCAUUAGGUCAAACACCAUCCCUGGCACACUUUCCAAAGAUGAUCCCCAAGAUCUUCAUUGUGCGGCCUGCUUGGCUACUUUUUCUCCACUUCACUAUUUCAGUGGCAGGAUGUGGACAGAUACGGCAUGUCUUCCACUGACUCUAAAGCUGGCUAUACACUGAGGCCCCGUACACACGACCGAGUUUCUCG